AUGGAUGCGCAGGAGCUAAGAGAUCAGUCGAAUUGUGCAGCCACCAAAUUAUUGCCGAAAAUUGCUGGAUUUCAUUUCUCGCGUCCGCCUCCUCAGCUGCAGCAUCCACAACCGCAGUUUAAAGAAGGCUCGAAAGUGUUCAUGCCAGUUCCCAUACCAGCACCUGGUUUGCCACGCGGCGAUGAUUUUUAUGUUUCAGUGGAUGAUCACGGCAAUGCGCGUGUUUAUCAGCUGGUAAGGCGCCUGAAUUGA